GGGGAAGUAGAGCAGGCAAGAUGGCGGCUGCUCCGGCGGGUGUGGGCCGCCUCGAGGAAGAAGCGCGACGGAGAAAAGAACGGCUGAAAGCCCUACGGGAGAAAACGGGGCGUAAGGACAAGGAUGGGGAACCAAAGACCAAGCAGCUCAGAGAAGAGGAGGAGGAAGGCGAGAAGCACAGGGAACUGAGGCUGCGCAAUUACGUCCCUGAGGACGAGGAUCUGAAAAGGAGGAGGGUGCCCCAGGCCAAACCCGUGGCAGUGGAGGAGAAAGUGAAGGAGCAGCUGGAGGCGGCCAAGCCCGAGCCUGUCAUUGAGGAAGUGGAUCUGGCUAAUCUUGCACCGAGGAAGCCUGAUUGGGACCUUAAGAGAGAUGUGGCCAAGAAACUGGAGAAACUUGAAAAGAGGACUCAGAGAGCCAUCGCUGAGCUGAUCCGUGAGCGGCUCAAAGGCCAGGAGGACAGCCUGGCCUCAGCCGUGAAUGCCCCCACAGGACAGGAGGCCUGCGACUCCGACUGA